AUGACUUAUGACCCUUUCUCAUGGAUGUCUGAUAGGGAAAAGCUUGGAGUGGUUACUUUUUUGUUUGUUUGUUUUAAUAUUAUGUGUGUGGUGACUUUAGCAUCAGGACAGUUCGAGUUGGAGAUCUUAUCCAUGCAAAAUGUGAAUGGUGAACUGCAAAAUGGAAAUUGCUGUGAUGGCACCCGAAACCCAGGAGAUAGAAAAUGCACCAGAGACGAGUGUGAUACCUAUUUUAAAGUUUGCCUGAAGGAGUAUCAAUCGCGGGUCACUGCUGGUGGUCCUUGCAGCUUCGGAUCCAAAUCCACUCCCGUCAUCGGAGGAAAUACCUUCAAUUUAAAGUACAACCGGAAUAAUGAAAAGAACCGGAUUGUUAUCCCUUUCAGCUUCGCCUGGCCGAGAUCCUACACAUUGCUUGUUGAGGCAUGGGAUUACAAUGAUAACUCUACUAAUCCCGAUCGCGUUAUUGAGAAGGCAUCCCACUCUGGCAUGAUCAACCCAAGCCGUCAGUGGCAGACUUUGAAACAUAAUGCAGGAGUUGCCCAUUUUGAGUAUCAAAUCCGUGUGACUUGUGCAGAACAUUACUAUGGCUUUGGCUGCAACAAGUUUUGUCGACCAAGAGAUGACUUCUUCACUCACCAUACCUGUGACCAGAAUGGCAACAAAACCUGCUUGGAGGGCUGGAUGGGACCAGAAUGCAACAAAGCUAUUUGUCGUCAGGGAUGUAGCCCCAAGCAUGGUUCUUGCACAAUUCCAGGAGAGUGCAGGUGUCAGUAUGGAUGGCAAGGCCAGUACUGCGAUAAGUGCAUUCCACACCCAGGAUGUGUCCAUGGCACUUGCAUUGAACCAUGGCAAUGCCUCUGUGAAACCAACUGGGGCGGUCAGCUCUGUGACAAAGAUCUGAACUACUGUGGAACCCACCCACCCUGUUUGAAUGGUGGUACCUGCAGCAACACUGGCCCUGACAAAUACCAAUGUUCCUGCCCUGAGGGCUACUCAGGACAGAACUGUGAAAUCGCGGAGCACGCCUGCCUCUCUGAUCCUUGUCACAAUGGAGGAAGCUGCUUAGAGACGUCUACGGGAUUUGAAUGCGUGUGUGCGCCUGGCUGGGCUGGACCAACUUGCACUGAUAAUAUUGAUGAUUGUUCUCCAAAUCCCUGUGGUCAUGGAGGAACUUGCCAAGAUCUAGUUGAUGGAUUUAAGUGUAUUUGCCCAUCUCAGUGGACUGGCAAAACGUGCCAGCUAGAUGCGAAUGAAUGUGAGGGCAAACCCUGUGUCAAUGCCAACUCCUGCAGGAACCUGAUUGGCAGCUACUAUUGUGACUGCAUUACUGGUUGGUCUGGCCACAACUGUGAGAUAAAUAUUAACGACUGUCGUGGACAAUGUCAGAAUGGAGGAUCCUGUCGGGACUUGGUUAAUGGUUAUCGGUGUAUCUGUUCACCUGGCUACGCAGGAGAUCACUGUGAGAAAGACAUCAAUGAAUGUGCAAGUAACCCUUGCAUGAAUGGGGGUCAUUGCCAGGAUGAAAUCAAUGGAUUCCAGUGUCUGUGUCCCGCUGGUUUCUCAGGAAACCUCUGUCAGCUGGACAUAGAUUAUUGUGAGCCAAAUCCUUGCCAGAACGGUGCCCAGUGCUUCAAUCUUGCUAUGGACUAUUUCUGUAACUGCCCUGAAGAUUACGAAGGGAAGAACUGCUCCCACCUGAAAGAUCACUGCCGCACAACUCCUUGCGAAGUGAUUGACAGCUGUACCGUGGCAGUAGCUUCUAACAGCACGCCGGAAGGGGUUCGUUAUAUUUCUUCAAAUGUCUGUGGUCCUCACGGAAAAUGCAAGAGCCAGGCAGGUGGAAAAUUCACCUGUGAAUGCAACAAAGGAUUCACUGGCACCUACUGCCACGAGAAUAUUAAUGACUGCGAGAGCAACCCCUGUAAAAAUGGUGGCACUUGUAUCGAUGGCAUCAACUCCUACAAAUGUAUUUGUAGUGACGGAUGGGAAGGAACAUAUUGUGAAACAAAUAUUAACGACUGCAGUAAAAACCCUUGCCACAACGGAGGAACUUGCAGAGACUUGGUCAACGACUUCUUCUGUGAAUGUAAAAACGGGUGGAAAGGAAAAACUUGCCACUCCCGUGACAGCCAGUGCGACGAGGCAACGUGCAACAACGGAGGAACAUGUUAUGACGAGGGGGACACUUUCAAGUGCAUGUGUCCGGCAGGAUGGGAAGGAGCCACUUGUAAUAUAGCAAGGAACAGCAGCUGCCUGCCAAACCCCUGUCACAACGGUGGUACCUGUGUAGUCAGCGGGGAUUCUUUUACUUGUGUCUGCAAGGAGGGCUGGGAAGGACCCACGUGUACUCAGAACACAAACGACUGCAGUCCACAUCCUUGUUAUAAUAGUGGCACUUGUGUGGAUGGAGACAACUGGUACCGCUGUGAAUGCGCUCCAGGCUUCGCAGGUCCCGACUGCAGGAUCAAUAUCAACGAAUGCCAGUCUUCACCCUGUGCCUUUGGAGCUACGUGCAUAGAUGAAAUUAACGGGUACCGUUGCAUUUGCCCGCCGGGCCGUAGUGGUCCAGGAUGCCAAGAAGUUACAGGAAGGCCUUGCAUUACCAGUGUUCGAGUAAUGCCAGAUGGGGCUAAGUGGGAUGAUGACUGUAAUACCUGUCAGUGCUUGAAUGGAAAAGUCACCUGUUCAAAGGUUUGGUGUGGUCCUCGACCUUGUGUCAUCCACGCCAAAGGUCCUAACGACUGCCCGGCUGGACAUGCGUGUGUUCCUGUUAGAGACGACCACUGUUUCACUCACCCUUGUGCUGCGGUGGGUGAAUGUUGGCCUUCGAAUCAACAGCCCGUGAAGACCAAAUGCAAUUCUGAUUCUUACUACCAAGACAACUGUGCCAACAUCACCUUUACCUUUAAUAAAGAAAUGAUGGCACCAGGACUUACCACAGAGCACAUUUGCAGUGAAUUGAGGAAUCUGAAUAUUCUGAAGAAUGUCUCUGUUGAAUAUUCCAUUUAUAUUACCUGCGAGCCUUCGCACUUGGCAAACAAUGAAAUACAUGUUGCUAUUUCUGCAGAAGAUAUAGGGGAAGAUGAAAACCCAAUCAAAGACAUCACAGAUAAGAUUAUUGACCUUGUCAGUAAGCGCGAUGGUAACAACACGCUGAUCGCUGCAGUGGCGGAAGUCAGAGUACAACGGCGACCGGUGAAAAACAAAACGGAUUUCCUGGUGCCGUUACUGAGCUCGGUCCUAACAGUAGCCUGGAUCUGCUGCCUGGUAACUGUUUUUUAUUGGUGCAUUCGAAAGCGCCGAAAGCAGAGCAGCCAUACUCACACGGCGUCCGACGACAACACUACCAACAACGUAAGGGAGCAGCUGAAUCAGAUCAAAAACCCCAUUGAGAAACACGGAGCAAAUACUGUCCCCAUUAAAGACUACGAGAACAAAAACUCUAAAAUUGCCAAAAUAAGGACACACAAUUCGGAGGUGGAGGAAGACGACAUGGACAAACACCAGCAGAAGGCCCGCUUCGCCAAGCAGCCAGCGUACACUUUGGUAGACAGAGAUGAAAAGCCCCCCAACAGCACACCUACAAAACACCCGAACUGGACAAAUAAACAAGACAACAGAGACUUGGAAAGUGCACAAAGCCUAAAUAGAAUGGAGUACAUUGUAUAGCAGACAGUGGGGUGCUGCCAUGCAGGGCCUUUAAAUAGCGUUAUAAAGGCACUCAAGAGCUUGUAGUUCUUAAACCGUCGUGUAAUAUUUGAGUCUAAGGCUAUUAUUUACUUAGAAUCCCUGUGUUAAUUUAAGUUUUGACAAGCUGGCUUACACUGGCAAUGAUAGUUGCUGUGGUUGGCUGGAAUACCAAGUGCUGCAUUUCACAUCUAUGCAAAACUAGUCAAAAGUGCCCUCCCGUAAAUUCAGCUGUAGCUGACACAUCAUGGAAACGUUUCAUAAGGUAUUGCGUAGCCUUAUUACUCUUCCGUAGCGUUCAUUUUUAUUUUUUUUCUUUUUCUGCCAGAUGUCCCCAUUUAUACGGUCUCUCUAGAAUAAUACAUUUUAUUUAUAUUUAUUGAAUUUGAGUUUUUUGUAUAUUGGUUUUAUGGUGACGUACAACUAGUUCUGUAUUUGAAAGUGCCUUUGCAGCUCGGAACCACAGCAACUAUCAAAAAUAAGUUUAUUAUUUAUUUUUUUAUUGUAUUUUUGUUGGGGGUGGGUGGGGGGAACUUGUCAGCAGUUGCUGGUAAAUGAAGAAUUUAAAGAGGAAAAUGUGUCAAAAAUAGAAGUUUGUAUAGAUAUGUAAAUAAUUCUUUUUUUUAUUAAUCACUGUGUAUAUUUGAUUUAUUAACUUAAUAAUCAAGAGCCUUAAAAUAUCAUUCCUUUUUAUUUAUAUGUAUGUGUUUAGAGCUGAAGGUUUUUGAUAGCAUCGUAAGCUUGUGGCUUCUCUAUUUUGAAUUUAUUUUCUUGUUACAUGUUGCCUAUAUGCCAAAACUAAGGUGUUCUAAAAUAGUUUAUUUUUAAUAGGAUGGGCUUUCACGCCUUGAUGCUGGUUUUUGUACAAUGUCAAACGUUUGAAACACCUUCCAUAGUAUCACUUUAAGACUAUUUGUAAGUACUGACUGAGGCAGUUUAGCUAAUUAGACUAGAAAAUUUUUUUUGCUGCUUUAGACUUGAAAAACGAGUGACAGGCAGAGAAUCUGCUAAGAAGCAGUUUAAGGGAACAAAACUGAGCUAUUACUUUAUGUAGAUGAAAUGUGAGUGGUUGCAUGUAAUUAAAAUAUCAAAUUAGCGUGUGAAGUUGG